CUCCAUGGAAUGACGUCGGAGCAGCUGCUCGCGCUGACAGGCAGGCCGUCCCUCCCUUCAUCCAGCCGUACCCGCGCCGGAACCGCCGCGUCAUAACCCUCCAACCAUUCAUUCAUUAUGGCCGUCGUAACCGUUGCGCUUUCGUUGGCGUGCAUCGUCGCUGCCUCUCUCGCAUUCGCAAUCGACCACUUCUACCGCCGCCAGCCCUGGAUCCCCCGCACCCGCAUCAUGGCAACCAGCAUCUCGGACAAGGUCUUCGCGCUCUGCCACGAGAAGGACACCGUCAGCAGCUUGCUGGCUGAAGACCCGAGCCUCAAGCCCGCAGACGCGGCGCGCCAGCUGUACGGCCGCCAUGGCUUUAGCAUCUAUGAGGGCAAGCUGCCAGCCGAGCGCCGGCGCGCUACGGACGAGGAGCUGGAGCGCGCACGCCGCUGCGGGAGAUUUGGUGACACGAAGCCCAGCGAGCUGUUUCUGCGCGUCUGGCAUGAUGCGCUUUGCACGCUGGAGAACGAUCCGCUGGCUGGGGUUGUCAGCCCGCCGCUAAUGGGGAGCACGGGCGUGAUUCCGCUGACGGUCAUCUCGUCGCUGCCGGAUAUCUGCAGGCACAUGGCGAACCUUAUUGCGCGCGCGGAUAAAGAGGUCUUCCUCGCCACGAAUUAUUGGAAAGAGUCAGAUGCUUCGAGACUGAUCACGGAUGCGAUGAAAGAGCUGUCGAAGCGGGCGGGGGCUAGGGGUAAGCGGGCCGUUGUCAAGGUCAUCUACGACCGCGGGAGCGUGAAGCAGGUCGCCGAUAACCAUCUGCAAGUCAACGAGAAAGACCGUACCCUGCCGGGCGUUGCGCUGCCGUCUCAAGAGGAAAUUCCUAACAUUGAUAUGGAGGUUGUUAACUACCACAGGCCGGUCCUGGGGACUUUCCACGCAAAGUUUAUGAUUGUGGACCGGAGGAUUGGUAUUCUUUGCAGUAACAACAUUCAAGACAACGACAAUUUAGAGAUGAUGACGCACUGCGAGGGACCCAUCGUCGAUUCUCUCUACGACAUGGCCCUCCUCACAUGGCACGAAGCACUAAACCCUCCUCUGCCCCUGCUUGGAGCAUUGACCACGAAAAGGGACAGCGUUCUUACUACAGACACAUCAUCACUCGUUGAAAUAGUAGACAGCACCGGAGGGCUCCUCACCGCCAAAAUUCAGCACGUCAAUGACAGCGGCGAAAGACUACCAGAGGACGCCCCCGGCGACCCGCACUACGACGCGGACAUCGCGGGCGAGAUCCUGCGCCUGCAAUCCGCACUAACGCCCGCCCAUGGCGAGCGCGUCGUCGACCUCGUCGCGCAGCACCUGAACGCGUCCACGCAUCAGACCCUCACGGCCACGGCCCCAGACUGCGCCCCCGAAGACGCCAUGACGCCAUACAUAGCGCACGCGCCCCACGCGGCCUUCCCCAUCGCGCUCGUGAACCGCCGCCCCUUUGGCGCCCUUUCCCACGCCAGCAUCAACACACCCCAAAACGAGGCCUGGCUGUCCGCGAUCCGGCACGCGCAACGCAGCAUCUUCAUCCAGUCGCCAGACAUCAACGCGGAACCGCUGCUGCCGGCGCUGGUGGCGGCGGUAAGAAGAGGCGUCGAUGUCACGCUGUUCGCGACGCUGGGGUACAAUGACCUCGGCGAGCUGUUGCCUGCGCAGGGCGGGACGAAUGAAAUGGUGGCGCAUGGGCUGUAUGCCGCGUUGGAUGGUGAGGAGCGCGACAGGUUGAAGGUGUGCUGGUAUGUCGGCAAGGACCAGCUCCGCCCGCUGCAUAACGCGUUCAAGCGCCGCAGCUGCCAUAUCCCGACGUCCCCCUCCCCUCUCUCCACUUCACUCUCCUUCCCUGCUAAUGCAAUGUAUGCAGUCAAGCUCCUGAUCGCCGACGGCCACAUCGCCAUCCAGGGCUCCGGCAACCAGGACACGCAGUCGUGGUUCCAUUCGCAGGAAACGAAUAUCCUGAUCGACUCGGAGGCUGUCUGCCAUGAGUGGCUGGACGCUCUUCGUAGGAACCAGAACACGCAUUUGUUUGGCGAGGUUUGUAGGGGUGGUGGCGGCGGCGCUGGCGUCGGCGCUGGCUUCAGUGGGGGUAAAGGUGGUGGUGGUGGGCAGGAAAGAGUGGCGGGUGUCUGGUAUGAUGACGAGGGAAAGGAGGCGGAGGGCGCGCUAGGCGUGAACCCGGGCAGGUUUAGCUGGGUCAAGGGCGUCGUGGGCGCUGUGCAGAGGGUGAGGGGGACGGGUGGGUUCUGAGGUUGGGAGGGGGUAGUGGUAGCGUGUUCAGUGUGAUUGAUUGAUUGAUUGGUUGAUUGGUUUUUGGACUGUGCGAUGCUGCGUUGUGUGGGCGGUGGUCAGGGUCGUGGUCGUGGUCGUGGGCGUUUGCUGGUGCGUCACGCGUGUUUAGCGGUUGUGUGUUGUAUGCGAUGGAGAGGUUGUGGUGUUGUGUUUAGUCCGCGUUUUGAGUUUGUUGUUUCUGAGAUAUUAGGUCUGCGUGCACUUUCUAGUGGUGUGGUUUGG